AUGGCCAGUUUAAGUGAAUCGAGACAGUCCUACCUAAGGUGGGCUGUACUUUUAGUGUGUCCAGGGGUUAUUUUGAUAGGUAAUGUGGUAAGCUUGGUAUCUCCAGCAGGGCACUGGACCGCAGAUAAAAACAGUAUAAUAAACGUAUGGUUGAUAAAGAAGGGAUGGUUUUGGACAUCUCUGAUUGGAUGGUGGUGUAUUGUUAGGUACCGGGGCUUUGAUACACGGUUAAUGAGACAAGAUUUCCAAAGGUACGUCUCCUUCACUGUGUGGUGGUACAUCUAUACGCAGGCGCUAUGGAUUGGAGUGGCCCCCAUUAUGGAUUUAAUAUUUGUAUUUACAGGAGGUCAUUGUAAUUUUGAGAUAUUUGAUAGCGAUAUGAGACUUAAUUCCAAUUUCCAUGAUACUGAGCAUAGGAGAUGGGCAGCUUUAAGGAAACUGUACGAUUGGUUCAAUAAUAAUGAUAGAGUACCCAAAGGGUCGUCAAAUCUGAUGUCUGAAACCCUGUACUGGUUAAAGUGCAGGAGAGAAGGUUUCUGCGACAAAACCCCUGGCGACCAUUUGUCAAUUAACAAAUUCAUACAAGAAUCUCUAAGCACCAAGUAUGAUAUGAGGAGUAGUAGUAUGUGCUCUCGGUUUGGUGGGCAAUGGGUAGGAGGGCAUGAUCCUAGCGGUCAUGUUUUUCUAAUAACUUUAAUGUCGAUAUUUUUGCUAGAGGAAUGCUAUACUCUUAGAAAUAGGGUGUCGAGCAGAUUUCAAAAAAGCUGCGCUACUUACAGGCGACCUUUCUUCAAUUAUAUUAAAGAACUAUUUUCAUUUGCGGCAAUUCGGAAUGUUAACAGCGGCAGCCAGAAUGAAUCUAACUGGCUAACAUUAUUCUUGUAUCUGUUAAUUGAAUUUUUGAAAACGUUAAUGAAAAUUGUAAUGUUAACAGUUAAGUUUGUGCUUUGGGAAAAUCCUAUUAUAUUGAUUUUGGCUUUGUUAUGCACUUGGCUAUGGUCCAUUUUUGUCACGUCAAUUGUUUUUCAUUCGUUUUUGGAACAGUGCACAGGUCUGGUUUCUGCGUAUGUCGUAAUCCUAUUUCUAAAUUAUGUCUGUUAA